AUGUCGUACUCUCUUACCACACAUUAUGCUGGGCAGGGGCUUCUUGAUAGCUUCAGUUUCUUUACAGGGAGCGAUUCAAGUAAUGGGUUUGUCGAUUACCAGAGCAGGGAAGCUGCCGUGGCCAGCAACCUGGUGUCUAUCGACGAGUUCAACCGAGUAAGACUCGGAGUCGAUUCAGUCAACACAUAUUCCACAAGCGAUAAGGGACGGCCCAGUGUAAGAUUGACCAGCAACGACGACUUCACCCACGGACUGUUCAUUGCCGACUUUGCUCACAUGCCCGGCUCGGCUUGCGGCACUUGGCCUGCCUUCUGGGCUUUCAACAACCAGGAAGCCCGAACACUAGUUUCACUGGGGCCCAAGGACCGACCGAUUGCUCACCCUCUCCUGGAAAUAUCGGCUGGCAACUAUGCUUCUCCGACCUCUGAUUCGGCUUCGUACGGCGAUGCGUUCAACGCCGAGGGUGGUGGUGUCUACGCCCUGGAAUGGGACUCGGAAGACCUGAAAAUAUGGCACUUCCCUCGCUCAACAAUCCCGGACGACAUCACAUAUGCUCCUGUCGUCAAGCCUGAUCCCGCGUCUUGGGGUCCUCCGCAGGCUGUGUUUGGUGGACCCGGUUGCGAUGCCGACUUGUAUUUCUUCAACCUGAGCCUCGUCAUCAACACUAACUUUUGCGGCGACUACGCUGGUAACGUCUGGGGCAAAGCCGACCAGUGCAACCAACUUGCUCCCACCUGUACCGAAUACGUUGCGGCCAACCCCGGGAACUCCAAGUCUGCGUUCUGGGAUAUCAACUACAUAGAUAUCUACCAAUUGGGCGCUGCCGCAACCGACCCUACCAUUCCCCCUGUCUUCCCAAACAUCACGUCUGCCCCGUCCAGUGCCACCAGCCUGCCGAGCUUGAAUGGAACAGUCCCCGGCUCCAAUGGCACUUUUACACCAAGUGUCACGCGGACGGUUACUCGCUCGACUAUUACCCAAGUCAUGACUACUGCAGAACCAACCAAGACCAGUGGGGGGCUCAUCGACCCAUCUAUGCUCUAUGGGUAUACGCUCUUGGGCUGCUUCGGUUCUAGUGCUGGCUACCAGUCCUUCACCCCGGUUGCUUCGUUCGCAACCAUGGACAACGAGGCUUGCGUGACCAACUGUGCAGGACGAAAGUUCGCCGGUGUCUCUGGAGAGGACUGCUACUGUGCCGACAUUCUCGGCGACGCAAGCGCCGUGGAUAAUGACCUGUGUGAUAUCCUCUGCCUAGGCAACCCCCGCGAGUUCUGUGGCGGUCUGCUCGACUACACCCCGUCAAACUCGACCGUGAACGGCACGCUCCAGGGCAACUUCACCCUCUCCGUCCGGCACCACGACCGCCGCGCAACCCCGUCCAAAAUCCUCCUCACCGUCUACGGCGAUCUCAGGGUGGAUGCAACACCGCCUGGCGCGCCCGCUAUGGGCGGCGGCGAGCCCCUGCCAUCCACCACGCCCGCGGCCAACGUGACGGUCACCAGCGCCAUUACCGUCACCUACACGACCGUCUGCGCCACCAACCCAGCGGAGCUCAUCGUACUGCAAUACUGCACUACCGUAACCUAUGAAGAGUGCGCCACCGCCACCGCCACCGCCGCGCCUUCCAUCACCGCCGCGCCCAGCAACAACAAUGCAACGACGACUACCCCAGACGCUGCGCUCGCGGCCGUGCCGAUGACGACAUGCACCCAGACGUGCGACGCGUGCGGGCCGGGCGGCGCGAGCACCGUCGCGCUCACCGUCCCCGACGCCGUGGCCACCGUCGUGCCGGUCAGCAACGUCACCCUUGCAGCCCUGAGCCAGAGCCAGAACGGCACUACGUUGAGCCCUAGCUCUGUUCCCGUCCUUGCGGGGGCGCCGACGAUGGGCGUCGCGACGGCCAUGGGCUGGGGGCUGGGACUGUGGGUCGGGCUGUUUGGGGUUUUGGUGAUGGUGUGA